AUGAAGCAGCUUCCUGUUGAAGUGAUUGGGAACAUACUGUCCCAUCUCAAGGCUGCUAGGGACGUAGUUAUAGCCUCAGCAACAUGCAAGAAAUGGAGAUUUGCAUGCUGCAAACACCUGCAUACACUUUCUUUCAGCUCUAAUGAUUGGCCGGUUUACCGUGAUUUGACGACUAUCCGUCUCGAGAUUUUGAUCACGCAGACGAUAUUACAGACAUCGGGGUUGCAGUCGCUUUCGAUUUUGAUGGAGGAUGUCGAUGAAUUCUCGGCUUCUGCUGUUAUUGCUUGGCUUAUGUACACUAGGGAGACUCUGAGGCAGUUGUUUUAUAAUGUGAAGACUAUGCCGAAUGUUAACAUUCUUGAGAUAUGUGGUAGGCAUAAGCUGGAAAUACUUGAUUUGUCUCAUAAUUCUAUUGUUGGGGUUGAGCCGAUUUAUCAGAGGUUCCCUUGUUUGAAAUCACUUUCGUUGAGUUAUGUUACUAUAUCUGCGUUGGAUUUGAAUCUUUUGGUGUCUGCUUGUCCGAGGAUUGAAGCUUUGGAGCUUGUGAAUCCGGAGAUCGCGAUGUCGGAUGGUCAAGUGACCGUUGAGUUGAGUAGCUCGACGCUGAAGAGUGUUUAUGUAGAAGCAAUCAGUUUGGACAAGUUUGUAUUGGAGGCGGAUGGGAUUGAGUGUUUGUACUUGAAAGAUUGUUCUCUCGAGGAUUUUGAACUUAUUGGAAAGGGGACCUUGAAGAGUUUUAGGAUUGAUGAUAUUAGUGUUACACAUCUUGAUAUCGGUGAGAUUGUUGAGAAUCUUGAGAAUGUGGAUAUCAGCAACUUCACGAUUAUAUGGCCAAAAUUUUACCAGAUGAUAUCGAGAUCGUCAAAUUUAAAGCGACUUAGGCUUUGGGAUGUGAUAUUUGAUGACGAGGACGAGGUUGUGGAUUUGGAAACAAUUGCCACUUGCUUUCCGCACCUGACUCAUUUAUCUCUGAGUUAUGAUGUGAGAGAUGGAGUGCUUCACUACGGUUUACGAGGCUCUUCUGAUCUGGAGAAUGUUGUUGUCUUAGAGCUUGGGUGGAGCGUGAUUAAUGAUCUUUUCUCCCAGUGGGUUGAAGGGCUGCUUAAGCGUUGCCCUAUUCUCAAGAAGCUAGUCAUCCAUGGUAUUGUUUCCGAGACCAAGACUGAUGAAGAAUGCAAGAUAUUAGCCAAUUUCACCACAUCCAUGAUUGAGCUGAUGAGGAGAUACAGAGAUGUAGAUCCACAUUUUAAAUUUGAAUAG